UAUGGAGGGCAAAGGCCGGGGGAAUGCACGGUGAAGUGCGGUGAGGACGAGGGAGGCGAGAGCCUAUAGCAAGAGAUGGUAGUAGACAGGAAGAAACAGUGGAGGUAGCAGGUAGAUGUGUAGUCGGUUGUAUACUUGCACACCAAUACGCGCGUGUCACAUUCGCACGAGCUAGCGAGGGUGUUGGUUCGCCACACUAUGGGGGGCUUACAGGGAAGAGCAGAAAACGAAGUUACCCCGGGAAAAAGAAGAUACAAGAGAAAACGUUGUCAACAUGACUUUGAGGUCAGGUGCGACGUUCGCGAUUUUCGACAUCUUCUCAAGUGCCACGUCUAUUUAAGUGUCGUGUGACAUAUUGGCGCAGUUUAUAUUGGAGACCUUCCCAUUUAUCGUUCAACGUAACACGUGGGCGAUACGUUUCGUGAUUGAGUAAUGGCAGUUAUCGAUUGCCAUUGCAAUAUGUACUGGAGCAGAUACGAACUGUGAUUCGAUGGAUAUAUUUCUCAUAAGACUGCGCUAAAUUGGCAAAAAUAUUUCGAUUGUCACCAUUUUAUCUAAAAUUGUCUAGUAUUUAUGAGCUGAUGGCUAUUGCCUUCGUUUCCUAGUCACGUAUCUGAUUUAUGUUCUUACGCACGUCCUUAGAACUUAAGCAGAUUCCAGAAUACAAAAGGACAAAGAAAAGAGACAAUGAUAACGAGAAAAUGGUUCAGAUGACGAGGAUGAAGUAAAUCAGAGAAGAUGAAUAAAAGUUUUUAUGCAAUAUUCCUUUCUAAAAACACUGAUUUUUCUCUCUACUUUUGAAAAAAGAUCCUCAAAGCUACUGCAUCGUCUAUCUAUUUUAGCAUUCUCAUUUUAACACAUUCGCAUGUCUCACCAGACGUGUUUAAAUUCAGUACGUGAAGAAAAUACCGGAAAGAGGUGAGUGACUGCUAGCAUAUUACUUCACAGUUGCAGGAUAUAAAACAAAACGAUAUAAAAUCUACAAUAAAUGCAACAUGUUACACUUAAUUUACCAAAAUUGCAUGAAAGAAUUUGAAAAAAAAAAAAUUCCCAAGUGAGCAAACCCCAUCCAUCAUACUAUGCAAAAUUUGAACCUUCACCUUCUAGCUACGCUACUGUGCACAGCCACAUACAACUCAACUGUACUUGCGUACAGCACAACGUGUACAUACACGAAGAACGAGUGAAAAGAAAAGAGAGUCAGAAAGAGAAGGACAGAUCGACAGUUGGAGGAAGUGGAGGCAACGGGUGCGGUAGUGGUGGCGGUGGCUGCGUUGGAUGUCUAGCCGGGGCAGGCCAGGUUGGAAGAGCAAAGGAGGCAAAAGCGAGGUGGAUUGGAGAAGGAGAGACCGAGGGAGUGAGUGAGGGAGAGAGAAAGAGAAGGAGAGGGAGCCAGAGUUGGAAUGGAAAGGCAGUCAGGUUGCUCGGCGAGGUGGCAGGAGUGAGGGACGAAGCAGAGAGCGGUUUAGCUGGCUUUGCCUCGGUCGGAGCCACGGAGUGGAGUAUCGAGAGAGCAACCGAGGUCCCGUUGGCCCUGGUGGUCGGCUGCCCCGGGUGAGGCGUCAUGAAAGCGCGUCAGUCGACCGAGUACACCUCCGGCCGUACGAAAGCAAGCUGAACGCUCCGUUUGCUGUCUGUUUCCCGGCUCUCCCUCUCCGCCGCGCUUGCGUCCGAUUUCGGAGCACGACGUUGACACGCGGCGGCCGGCGGCGAACCUUCCAGGACAUCCUCCCCGGGGGGUUUACCGGGACCUCAGGAUGACAGAGAUAGCAGGCAGAUGUCUGUCCGGAUCAGCGAGCGACUGCAGUGGUGAACGAGAUUGCGAGUUGCAGGGAUGUUCUUCUCUCCCGUGCUAACGAAGCGUGAUUGGGACGGUGAAGUGAUACGAGCAGUGUCCUGGAUAAUACCUCGGUAGCCGGUGGUCUAGAAGAAAAUACUUUUGUUCUGCAUAUGACUGCAAAGUUAGUAUUUGUCACCUCCUAUGGCGUUUGUUCUAAACCUGACCUUCUUGAUUAAUAUUUCAUGAUGUUUCUUAUAAUGCGCCAGUAGAUCCUUUUGUCGAUGUCUUAAACGAAGGUGCAGGGAGUGGUGAAGACAAUGGCUGUAGAAUAAUGCUCAGGUGCGCGUUCUUUUGUUAACCGAGACGGUUUUCCUUAGUACACAAGACAGCUCCCGUUUCCCAUGGCUUUUGUCGUGAUCAGUGAUUCAGAAUAGGUUCGCGUCAUUAACUGUGACGUGCGGCAAAUCUUCUCACGUGUGAUAUUCCGCGCAGGGGAUCACGAUAGUGCGACAGAAGGAGACUUACCUUCGUGACACUGGAUAAAGCGCAGUCAGGAGAAACAGAAGAGAUCUAGGCUAGACACAGAUGUGUAAACGAGCGCAUCAUACAAGAGGCCGGAACUGUCGAGAUCUCUCCGAUUCUAUUUUCUACACCAAGUUCCUUACGACUUCUACGUUCUCCUAUCGAGGAAUCGUCGAAUGACAAUUAACAAUCAUCACACUGAGUUCAGAACAAAGAGUAUUGCAAUAAAUGCGAAAGAAACGGCUGGACCUACCUCUCUCUGCGGACGAAAUCGCGCGCUUCCGAUCGUCGAACAAUCUCCCGGCUGCUUCGAAUGUUUGGCGGAACUCGCUCCAUCACCUCAUCAUUGUCACGUCGACGCUUCACCCCUGCAGUUCGUUACUCCCUUUUGCACUUUGAAGUGGUCGGGCCGCAUGGUAACGGAGGGAUGAAACUAAUCUAGUACAGGGUAUAUAUUUGAUAUCGUAUCUUGUUUCGCGAACAGAGUCUGACGACGAGGGAAUAAUAGGCAGGGGAUAACGCGAAGAGAGGUGAAACCAAUGUAGUAUGCGCUUUUCGCGAUGCAAAAGACGAAUUGAUUUUACAACGAACGACUGGUCGCUCCCUCUCAGUAGGUUAUACGCUAUAUUUAUAUGACGUGUUUCGAAAAUAACGUCAGGGAAAAGGAGGCAGUUUAAUCGCCGGUGGGCGAACGAACCGGUAUUCUGCUGAUCAACCUGAAAAAAGACAGCGGUAACGCACAAGACGCAAAAUAAAAGGUCUGAUCGUUUCGGAAUAGUUACGAGUAUACCAAUCGCCUUUUUAACGUCAAAUAUUUCCUACUUCAAGAUUCCACGUAAGAGAUAUUCGCGGAAUCAAAAGUAAACAGAAGGAAAACGCAAAUUAGACCGUCCGUUCGCCGAAGAAGUCUCACGGGCGAAGGAAGCAUCGCGACAUUCAAAAGUAACGCAGAAAACAUUCCACGUGUUGUUAUACUCCGGAGCAAGACAAGCGAGACAAGAAACGCCCUUUUGCACGCAUUGCUCAUUUGCACGCAACAGAUCCAAGCCGUUUGACCUUCGCGCAAACACCGUACGAUUUGUCAAAGAGGUGCUCCAUGAGGAGCGAUCGGUACGAUCUGUAAAAAAAAUAGUCGAUCCAAUUGUGUUCAUUCACUUAUCUUCUGCGAGUUACUUACGUAACUCUGGACACCUGACACAGAGAGCGGAUGCGGUGGGGAUGUCCGGAGAUUAAAAGCAGCGGCGCUCGGGACUCACACGCGUCAUUAUUUCCGGUAUAUUGGAUCCGCAAUAACACACACACACACACACAGCCUUCAGUCAGUCAGGAGGAGGCCUCCGACGGCACGCGGCUCGCCGGCUGAUAUGGCAGCGGUCGUUCCUUCCAUCGUGGUUCCUCGGCUCCUUCGCCAUUGCCGCCGUCACUACCUCCGACACCGGCGUAGCUGUCAAACGAUCGAACAGGUGUUACCUACGCGAGGUGCCUGGAGUAGUGGGAUACGCGAUUUCUUGUGAUACCACACGCGCGGCGCGCGGCGGCUCAAAGAAGUAAGCCCCAGUGAGUCGUCGAUCAAUCGAUGUGACACGUACAUUCCUCCAGCAUUCCUCGAUACUUGACUGGGCGCCGAGGGGUGUCUACGGGGCGAGUGUGGGUGUCAUUCUGUGAAGUGUCAGUGGAGUGUGUCGGUCUCUCGGCGCGAGGUGCGAGACCAGGCGUGGCUGCUGCGGAAGACGGAAAUUGGACGUUGGAUGAGAUUCACCGAGGAUGGCGCACCGUAAGAUGCCUUGUUCGCGAUCGAUGCCCAGAUUCAGCGGCAUUUCGCUGCUGCUGAUUCUAUUAGCGGAGGUCACGUAUUCGGCCGAUCUCGCGAUCGAGAUACCGGGCAAUCUCAGCCAGGGUGGUUCCUGGUACCGUUUGGAUUACAGCCCACCCGUCGGCUCGCCACCGCCGAACACCACUAUAGCCGCCACCGACAUCGGUGAUGUCAUAAAGUUCAGGGACGGCCUGCCUGGGACAAAAUACGAGUACUGGUUGUACUAUAGCAACAGCACUCUUCACGAUUGGCUGACGUGGACCGCGUCGAUUACGACACCGCCCGACCCUCCUUCGAAUUUGACUAUCUCGGUGCGAAAUGGGAAAACCGCGAUCGUGUAUUGGUCGCCUCCGGCGCAGGGGAAUUAUUCCGGUUUCCGGCUGCGGACGCAGAGCUUCAGCGACACCGGAAAUCCUAAAACCAGCGUCAUCCCCGUCGACUCGGUGCCGUACACCCUCCGAGAUCUCACGCCCGGCGCCACGUACUCGCUGCAACUCUUCACCGUGUUGGACGCCAAAGAAAGUGUCGCUUACACCAGCAGGAAUUUCACAACGAAGCCGAACACUCCCGGCAAGUUCAUCGUCUGGUUCCGAAACGAGACGACGUUGCUGGUACUGUGGCAGCCGCCGUAUCCUGCCGGAAUUUAUACUCAUUACAAAGUCAGUAUAGAUCCGCCGGACGCUAUAGAGUCCGUUCUUUAUGUGGAGAAGGAAGGCGAGCCACCUGGUCCUGCGCAGGCAGCUUUCAAAGGACUCGUUCCAGGCAGGGCGUACAACAUUUCCGUGCAGACUGUCUCGGAGGAUGAGACAUCCGCGCCCACUACGGCCCAGUACCGUACGGUGCCGUUACGUCCUCUCAACGUGACCUUUGACAAAUCUUCCGUGACAUCGACUUCCUUCCGUGUAUUUUGGAACCCGCCGAACGGCACGUCCGAGUUCGACAAGUAUCAAAUAUCACUCGGCAGUAAUCGCAGACUGACACCAGUUACGAGAAAUCGAGACGACGAGAGCAGAUGGGAGUUCAAGGACUUGGAGCCUGGCAAGACUUACCAGGUGGUCGUGAAGACGGUUUCUGGCAAGGUUACCAGUUGGCCCGCCAGCGGAGACGUUACUUUGAAGCCACUGCCUGUUCGCGAUCUCAGAGCCGUGAUUGAUGAGAGAACUGGUAUGGUGGAGGUUUCCUGGAGCCCGGAGAAUUCCAGCACGCAAGACAGUUACAAGCUGCAAUACCACGAAGUGGAAACGACAAUUGGUGGCGAUAGCAACACUUUAACAACCGACCAGACGAAGGUCACUCUGGAGGCUCUGUUGCCGGGGAGAAAUUAUUCCAUUAUAGUUCAAGCGAUCAGCAAUAAAAUUGAGUCUAACGAGACCAUUCUAUAUCAAGCGACUCGUCCUGCCAGUCCCAUAAUUGAAGACCUCAAGCCGAUCGAGAAGGGCUUAAACAUAUCUUGGAAGAGCGACGUUAAUUCCAAGCAAGAGAAAUUCGAGGUGACACACAACAGAAACGACACCGGAGAGAGUGCUACCACUUUGACUACGGAGUCGCACAUUGUCUUGGAAGAUCUUUACCCCGGUGCAGCAUACGAGGUCAAGGUCUUCGCCAUUAGUCAUGGACUCCGAAGCGAGCCGCACGACUAUUUGCAAGCCGUCUUACCCCAUCCACCGAAGAAUCUCAGCAUCGAGAAAGUCACGAGCAACACUGUUGUCGUACAUUGGGAGGCACCUACCGACUCGAUAUUCACCGAAUACUCCAUCAGAUAUCGCACAGAGGACGAUCCCAGAUGGGUGAAGCUACCCAGCGUUCGCGACAUGGAAGCGGAAGUAGCGGAUAUGACGCCAGGCGAGAAAUACACCAUACAGGUGAACACCGUCAGCUACGGCGUGGAGAGUCUGUAUCCGUUACAAGUGAACCACACAGUCAGACCCAAUCCAGUUCUAAAUAUCACGCCGAUAAUCGACUCUACUAACGUGACUCUGGAGUGGCCGCGACCUGAAGGUCGAAUCGAGGUCUAUAUCAUAAAGUGGUGGCCAGUGGAGAAUCCGGAGGAAAAGAGGAUGAAGAACGUCAGUGAAAAUAACGACGUAUCCGGCAUCAGUUUCGAAGAGAGCGCUGUGCAGACCGAGAGAGUACUGGUGGGUGACUUGAUGCCCGGGGUGGAAUACUUCUUCGUCGUCUACACAAUCUCUUAUGAGUUGAUCAGCGAUAUCAGCAAUCUGACCACAAGGACAAUGCCGCUGAUCCAGUCCGAGGUCGUCAUAGUGGUUGAUCGCGAUCAGCCGGGAUCCCUGACGUUAAUAUAUACGCCGACGCCGAUUCAGUCUUCGAGGUUCGAUCUGUACCGGUUCAGGAUUAGCGACGCGAAUAACACCACGGAGGAGCGCAAAGUGGAGAACACUGACACCAAGGUGACAUUUGUCGGAUUAACACCUGGCAAACUGUACAACGUGACCGUCUGGACAGUAAGCGAUAAUGUGGAGAGCAGACCUCUCCUGCGGCAGGAUAGACUCUAUCCUGAACCGAUCACUGCGAUCCACGCGGUCGACAUAAAUGAUACGAGGAUCGCUUUGACGUGGGAUGUACCGCAUGGAAAGUACGAUGCUUUUGAAGUGCAGUACAUAAACACGGAAGGCAACUACAUUCAAAACCUAACCACCGCCAACGUGAUCACCAUAUUUGAUCUCAAGCCACAUAGAAAUUAUACCUUCACAUUGGUUGUACGUUCGGGCACAGAAUCCUCUUACUUGAGGGUCUCGAAUCCUCUCAGCGCUAGCUUCACCACCAGCGAGUCGUAUCCGGGAAGAGUGGAGAAAUUCCAUCCCACCGAUAUCCAGCCGAGUGAUAUCAGCUUCAUAUGGUCUCUGCCUAGUCAGGAGCAAAAUGGCAUCAUCAGAAAGUUUAGCAUCACGUAUGGAUUAGAAGGCUCAACUCACACUCAGAUGCAGGACUUCAGACCGAACGAAUUUCGCGGGAUCAUCAAGUCCCUUAUACCAGGCAAAACCUACAUUUUCCGUAUCCAAGCAGAGACGAAGAUUGGUUUCGGUCCAGAGACGAUCUGGAAGCAGAAGAUGCCGAUAUUAGCGCCACCGAAACCGCCUAUGCAGGUGGUUCCAACCGAGGUCUGCAGGAGCAGCACGACUAUUCAAAUUAGAUUCAGGAAGAAUUACUUCAGCGAGCAGAAUGGGGCGGUCACGUCGUACACCAUCGUUGUCGCGGAGGACGACAGUAAGAAUGCUUCUGGCUUGGAGAUGCCGAGUUGGAGAGAUGUCCAGGCUUACAGUAUUUGGCCACCUUAUCAGGUGAUGGAGCCCUAUUAUCCUUUCAAAAAUGGAUCCGUGGAAGAUUUCACGAUCGGGUCUGAGAACUGUGACAACAAAAAGAUUGGAUAUUGCAACGGGCCGUUGAAAUCAGGGUCUACGUAUCGGGUGAAGGUGCGAGCGUUCACGGCACCGGACAAAUUCACGGACACCAGCUACAGCUUCCCCAUUCAAACAGGAUUGCUGCUGGCAGAUAAGGACAACACGGCCAUCAUAGUCGGUGUCGUCGUCGCCAUAGCGGUGCUGCUGGGUCUGUUGGCCAUCGGGCUGUUUGUGCGAAGAAGAAGAAGUCAAGGUCGCAAGACGACGGAAACCAGAGCUACUGACAACCUAUCGUUGCCAGACAGCGUCAUUGAGACCAGUCGGCCUAUCAAAGUCGAGGAUUUUGCCGAGCACUAUCGUACUAUGUCGGCGGACUCUGACUUCCGGUUUUCGGAAGAAUUCGAAGAGCUGAAGCACGUCGGGAGAGACCAGCCGUGUACCGCGGCGGACUUGCCUUGCAACAGGCCGAAAAAUCGCUUCACGAAUAUUCUUCCGUAUGAUCACAGUAGAUUCAAGCUCCAGCCUGUCGACGAUGAAGAAGGCUCUGACUACAUCAAUGCCAAUUACGUUCCGGGCCACAAUUCGCCACGGGAGUUUAUCGUGACUCAAGGCCCGUUGCAUUCGACUAGGGACGAUUUUUGGCGGAUGGUGUGGGAGAGUAAUAGCAGAGCUAUCGUAAUGCUGACAAGGUGUAUCGAGAAGGGAAGAGAAAAAUGUGAUCAUUACUGGCCGAUGGACACUUUACCUGUUUAUUAUGGAGAUAUUUGCGUCACCAUACUCAAUGAGACGCAUUAUCCGGAUUGGAGUAUCACAGAAUUCAUGUUGUGCAGAGGAGACGUGAAGAGAGUGAUACAGCACUUCCACUUUACUACCUGGCCCGACUUUGGUGUCCCUAGUCCACCUCAAACCCUAGCUAGGUUUGUGCGAGCGUUCAGGGAACGAGUCAGGCCUGAUCAAAGACCCAUAGUCGUUCAUUGUAGCGCCGGCGUAGGUCGUAGCGGUACUUUCAUCACUCUCGACAGAAUAUUGCAACAGAUAUUGGUAUCAAAGUAUGUAGACAUCUUCGGGAUCGUUUGGGCGAUGAGAAAGGAACGAGUCUGGAUGGUCCAGACAGAGCAGCAGUACAUUUGCAUCCAUCAAUGUCUUUUGGCUGUCUUGGAGGGGCAAGAUACCACUGGACCACCGCGAGAGAUUCACGACAAUCAGGGAUUUGAAGGCAAGAAUCGAAGCUCGGUCGAAAACACUAAGAGUCCCGCCGAGGAUGAGAAGGAAAGGUGACCCUCAAACAGCGACUCCUGCAUCGACGAUGACGAGGGAAUAGCCGAAUCAGGAAUGUGAUGGUUCAGACGCUGGUUAGGAAUAAUAAAUGAUGACGACAGCAGACGACGAUGGAUCUCGCCUUUUCCAAAGGUGCUCGAGUCUCCUGGAUUCCUCAAGUUUCUUUGGAAAGAAAACGUUAACCAGAACAAUUGCGAUUCGAAUGUCGGAUGAAGGGAAGAGCGCACGAGGUAACAGUGAUAAUUUGGCGAUUAGUCAGUUGGCGAAACGAAAAUCGAUAGAAGAAGUCAGCGGCUUGAGAUCGAACGAGGUGACGAGUUUCGUAUGGAGCAACGAGCGAGCGCAUAUUUUUAUUCUUUUAUCGUCUACAUAUCGAAGAGAAGCGUGUUCAAUUCGUAAUACAUAUAUAGUAUAGCGUUUCACGGCCGUGAUAAUAUUAUAUCGGAAUUGUGUAAAAAGUGAGGCUCUGUAGCAGAUAACUCGAGAGGGAACGAUAUCAAAUUGAAUAUGCUGCCAAGUAUGGGAUUACGAAUCAAACGUACGCGACGCUUCGCGUUGUGCAAUGUAUUACUGUGUGACUCAUGUAUACAUAUCUAUACAUAUACAUGCAUACAUAUAUCUAUUCACUAGGUAGCAGUUUCCGGGAAAGCUGAUAAAGCGCGCGCAAUGUUGGUAGAUAUAAGUCUCGUGUAUCGUAACGAGUGCAAGGUCGUAAUAUUCCACUGGUUGUGUCGCGAUGGGGCCUCGGACCACAUCGCAUCCGCAAUGAGUCUGUCGCGAAUGUCUUUGAUAGGUCAUUUCGAGUGAAUCGAAUUGUCUAGACGUAUCACAAACUGUCUUGGGUUCCUCCUGAUACAAAUAUUUCUCUGAGAUUACCACCAAUAACACUUUGUUCAUAUUCUACGUUCCAGAACAGACGGGAAAGAAGCUGUCUUGUGUUGCCUGAUUGCACUUUCUUUUUUUUUCUUCAAAAUUAACGCGGUCCUAUUGGAAGACCGGGGAAAAAAGAUUGUAUGAAUUUUGUUUUUCUAUGGUCAUAUAUGAUCAUGCAUGUAAUUAUACAUACGUCCACAACGAAAAAAAUAGUCUUAUACAAUCAAAGUAAAUGCUUAUCCUUCUGACAGCAUAUAAGAUAUCGAUGAUUAAUUGAAUGAACUUAUUUCCCUUUCUCAUUUAAUAUUCUUUUCUUCCAUGUGGACGUAUACGAUUAUAUACGUGACGAUAUAGGAACAAAAUUUAUAUAUAAUUUUAUAUAGGGUGUUCCAAAAAGAUCUACGAAGCGCUCAAAGUUACAUAGAGCGUUAUCCCAUCAAGCUUCAGAGCGAUUCGUUGCGAAAGUGAGGCACAAAGACCCCCGAUAAUCGCGCCGGUUAAGUUAUUAUUCGGAGUGGCAAACCGUCCGUCCAAGAGCCGUAUUAGACGUGCUAGAUGAUGAUUUAAUAAGUAAUAACAUUAACGCGUUAUAAACAAAUUACCUAGAAUGAAAAUCGGUGGGAUGAGCGGGUGUGGAUGUACUACGGAGCUUUUAAUCGAUCCUUCUUUCUGAGAUGGGCGAAACAAUGUCAGUGGGAACAAGAAACUCGCAUUUUCGUAGGAGCCAUAUCACUUUUAAAAGGAGUCACAGUACGUGUGUAUAUGUGCGUGCGCGUAUAGGUGUGUGCGUGCGUGUAUGUAGUCGAUUGAUAAUAGAUCGGAGCCGUCACGUUUCAUCAUUACAUACAUAUUGCAUAUACGGUCGCCGUAGAAGAAUAAUACGUCUUCGCUUAUUUGCAAAUAUGAGGAAACAGAAUUUUUUCACACACACGCAUACACAUACACACUGUGUAGUAGAUUGAGAAUAGCCAUACGGACGAUAAUUCUCAGUUCUGAGAUAAUUUCACCUAAGCAACGCUCUUGGUUUUACAAUUUGAGAUUUCUUCUUGAUAGCGACCAUCGGUGUGCAAGACAAAAAUUAGAUUAUCACUUACAGUAUUCAGUGUGCUUUUCUCGCGGUGAUAUCCUAGUAUGUUGUACUUAAUUUUAUACUCAGCGCGUCGCGAAAUGUAAUUGGUUACAUAUUGUAGAUAAACAAUAGUGAUUGACAAACUUUCGUGAUUAGUAUUAAUUGAAUUUCUCUUGUCGGAUUUUCCAAAGACAUAAAAUUAAAAAUGAAAAGGUAUCGUGUUUAUUGAUCGUUGUAUUUUGGAUGUAUUUUGGACAAGCAUUUACAUCAUGCAACGCAGAUAAAUCAUUCUUCUUCUUUGCGAAGGUACUAUUGUUUGACAAAUGAUGUUGAAUUUCUAGUAAUCUUGUUACGCGUUAUUUGAUAUUUCUAGCCGAUCUCCCAGUCUCGCAUAAUAAUGUUUACAACUGACAUUUUAGCACGUACCUAAAUGCUACUUUUUAAAUAAUUCGACGAUCGAUGAGUCCUCGUAAUACUCAGUUCAUUAAAUAGAAAAUUUUUCCUAUUUUUAUGCUGCAAAAUCAAUUAUUGCGAUAUAAAGAUUAUCGAAGCAUCUCUCGUAUUGGCGAGAUGCAAUUUUACAUGUUGAUCUGUUGCAACUUUUCACUUUUAUAUGCUUAUUUUUUUAAGACACAUGUACCGUAUAUGAGGUUGUAUUUUAUUUAAUUCGAACAUAAUAUCGUCGUUAUGGAAUAUAUAAUAUGCAUCGACAAGUGUCGUACACGAACAAUUUAAUAUCUUGUACAAUUCUUCAGCGCUCUCAGUAAACACAAACUAUCUAUAAUGUAAUGUCAAUGUUAUGAUUUCCAACUCGACAAUGUAAGUGCAAUGUAAACGUGUGUUAUAUUAACAGUUACAGUGUUGAUUGAGAAGUUAUAACACUGAUGUAACGUUACUGUUAGUUGCUGUUUAUAUUGGACUGCAAUAUAACAUUGCAAUACUUGGUUAAAUGGAACACUACACAUGUAUACAUAAUUAGAGUCUUAUAUAUUAAGAGCCAAGCUUAAAUAUUAUCUAUUUUAUUAUCGUGUUAUCGACUACCUUUUUAAUUGUAACUACGAUUAUCGUUUGCAAUAUUGUCACUAAUGUCACUAAUGUUGAAAAUUGUCACGUUUACACGUAUCGUAAGUACUAAAAUCUUUCGCAACAAUGUCGUCGUACUCGAAUGCGUCAGUUGCACCAUCAAUAGUUUAAGAACGCAUUUACGUGUUCCUUUCUAAAAGUGGAGAUAGAUAAUUUGCUACGAACAAAAAAUAAUUCUCUAUCCCGCGUUUAGACAUAUACACAGAAAAAGCUAUACGUCUACUCCGACUCUCAGAAAAUCAAGUAGCUUUUCGUGCAAUCAUGAUCGCUGUUAUUUUAUGCAGUUAAAAGAGGGAGGGAGGAAGAGAAGGAGGGAGGGAGAGGUAUUGUUUGUUAGAUUUUAAUUUAGGGACAAAGUUACGUUGAGAACGGGAAGUACGUGGAUUGAAUUCUGAUUCGCGAACUUAGCUUAGCGUUCGGAUUGUUUUGUAUUACUUUAUUCUGUGAUAAAUCACGAUCGUCGAUCAAGGACGAGGAACAAAAGACCGAUCAGGCACAAACGCAGUAGGUCUUCCAGAACGGAUUGAUGACAAAAUCGACUAGUGUCGCUGUCGCCUGCGUUAAUUCGUACGAGUCAGCCGUCGAGACAACCUUCGAAAUCCAAAAAUUGCAGGGUGAAAUAUUGUAUUACGCGUCGAAGCGUACAUUUGCAGUGCGAUAUUGUACAUAAUUUUACACUAAGGUCUCGCGUCAGGGUUAUUCGCAAACCUUCGCCCUCAGGAGUGAUUCUUCGCGAAGGACAACGGCGAAACUGUAAAAGAAGGACCUUUGCUCGAGGCAUAUCGAUUGCGAGAUACUCAAACGGCGGCAGCUACCACGACUGCGCCAGUAACGCCAGUGACCUGCUCAUGCGCGGCUUGUGAAAUUUAAAUCGAAUAUCUGAAAGUAAAAGCGACAAAAAAUUGCUACUUCCGCCGCCGAGUUUCGCCGUUGUUUCUCACAAAGAAUCCACGUUCACGGACACAAGCGCAUAUACGCUCGGCGUAUAUAUAUGUGUGUAUAGGUUAAAAAACUCUUUUGUAAAUAUAUUUUAUACCGGCUGCAAGGACAGUCCGAUAUACGCGAGGACGGUUUUACGAAUCAAAGAAUCUCACAUUAUACCUUGGAUACGAUUCGCAAACUCGUUCGGUCAUUUCUGUCACAUAAUGUCGUAAUACGUAUUACUACAGAAUGAAAAUUUGUACAGCGUGAAAAAAAAAAAACAUGAAGGGGCACAGGUUGUCCCGUAAUAUCAUAUACAAAUAUACGAGGAAACAGAGAGACACGCUUGUAUAAUAAACGUGACUCUUCCAGUGA